UGACGCCAACUGGGCGCCCGCGCCUGCGCGCUGUUCCCCUUCGCGGCUCUCAAGAGUAGUCUCUCCCAGCGAUUGUAGGACUCCAACCUGCGCCGGGUUCACGCCGAGGAUCAUGAACCGCAGCCGCCAAGUGACCUGCGUGGCCUGGGUCCGCCGCGGCGUGGCCAAAGAGACACCAGACAAGGUAGAGCUAAGUAAAGAGGAAGUGAAACGUCUCAUUGCUGAAGCAAAAGGAAGGUUACAAGAAGAAGGCGGGAGUGAGGAGGAGGAAGAGGAGGCAGGCAGUCCUUCAGAAGAUGGCAUGCAGAGUGCCCCGACCCAGACACGGCACAGGGAGGAGCCCCUGGAGGACGGAGAUCCACAAGAUGACCGUACGCUAGGGGACGACGAGCUGGCCGAGUACGACUUAGAUAAUUAUGACGAAGAGGACAACCCAGAUGCUGAGACCAUUGGUGAGUCUCUGUUGGGCCUUACAGUCUAUGGCAGCAAUGAUCAGGAUCCGUAUGUCACCUUGAAAGACACGGAACAAUACGAGCAGGAAGAUUUCUUGAUUAAGUCGACUGACAACCUCAUUGUUUGUGGCCGCGCAGAGCAAGAGCAGUGCAAUUUAGAGGUGCACGUUUACAAUAAAGAAGAGGAGUCUUUCUAUGUCCACCAUGACAUAAUCCUGUCUGCAUACCCUCUGAGUGUGGAGUGGCUGAACUUUGAUCCUAGCCCAGAUGCAUCUACUGGAAAUUACAUCGCUGUGGGAACCAUGACCCCUGUCAUUGAGGUGUGGGACCUGGACAUAGUGGACUCUCUAGAACCAGUCUUCACACUGGGAAGCAAGCUUUCCAAAAAGAAGAAGAAGAAAGGGAAGAAGAGUUCCUCUGCAGAAGGGCAUACUGAUGCAGUCCUUGACCUCUCCUGGAAUAAGACAGUCAGAAACGUGCUGGCAAGUGCAUCAGCGGACAGCACCGUGAUCCUCUGGGACCUGUCUGUGGGGAAGCCAGCAGCCAGGCUUACUGCACACACAGACAAGGUUCAGACUCUGCAGUUUCAUCCAUUUGAAGCACAGACUCUGAUUUCUGGGUCCUAUGACAAAUCAGUGGCUCUGUAUGACUGCAGAGAUCCCAGCCAGAACCACCGCCUGUGGCGGUUCAGCGGGCAGAUCGAGAGAGUGACCUGGAACCACUUCUCACCCUGUCAUUUCCUGGCCAGUACAGAUGAUGGCUUUGUAUAUAAUCUGGAUGCACGAUCAGAUAAGCCGAUUUUUACACUUAAUGCACACAAUGAUGAAAUCUCUGGUCUUGAUCUGAGCAGUCAGAUCAAAGGCUGCCUUGUGACUGCUUCUGCAGACAAGUUUGUGAAGAUCUGGGACAUCUUGGGAGAUAGGCCAAGUCUCAUUCACUCUAGAGACAUGAAAAUGGGAGUUCUCUUCUGCUCUUCAUGCUGUCCUGAUCUGCCAUUUGUUUAUGCCUUUGGAGGACAGAAAGAAGGACUUCGGGUUUGGGACAUAAGCACCGUCUCUUCAGUAAACGAAGCGUUUGGAAGACGGGAGAGACUGGUUAUUGGCAGCUCGAAAGGUUUAUCUGUCAGUGGCCCCUGUGGGAGCAGGAGUCCACAGACACCAAUGGAGUCCUGACAAAGGUCACAGCCUAAAACUGUUCAGAAUGUGUACCUACAGCCAUGACAGAACUCAGUUCCUGGUGCCGUCCCUUUCUGCAGCUCUGGCGGCAGUCUGCAGCCCUCUGCUACAUACAUACUGUACAGAGUUCUUUGCAUUUCUUCAAAGUAAACAUUUUUCAAAAAUGAUUCCUUAAACAGGCCGUCUGACCUAGGAACUGUAGGUUUAUCAAAUACAUGGUAAUUUAAAGAGUUUUUGAACAGAGUCUGGCUGUGUUAGCCAGGCUAGUGUGGUGGCUCGUGCUUGUCUGGCACUGGGAAGGACAGAGAAGAUGGGCAGGUUCCCAGGACUUGUGGCCAGCCGACCUAGCCUGCUCAGGGGUCCACCUGUCUCCAUCUUCCCAGGCCAGGAUUACCUGUAUGCAUGGUAGGUUCUAGAACUGAAUUCAGGCCCUUGUGUUUGCAAACCAAGCAUUUUACUAACUGAGCGGUCUCCCUAUCCUGUUUUUUUUUUUAAAUGUAACCCCUAAAGGGCUUUUCACCUUUUGCAUAUUAAUCAUAUUUUGACAGUGCUACCACCUUUUGGUUAUCAACUUACAUGUUCUUCAGGGAUAUUUUGUUUAAAAAUGCCAGUAUUUUUAAAAUGAGGAUUUUGUUCAUAUUAUUUUCUAUGAUUGAAAUAUUUUACUAAAUAGACAACAAACUGUCAAGAGUAAAGUCUGUACAUCCUGGGUCCUCACCCUUUAAGUGCUGGUUCCAGUAAGUUCUCUGUCCAGUCACUUGAAGUGACUUGAGCUCGUCAGGCCCAUAAAGCACGCUGGGCUGAGCGGUCUCACGCUGAGGAACCUCACGCUGUCCCUUUAGUCGCUCGGCCUCACAGGACUGGCCUCUCACUCCUCCCAGACUCCACCACUUCCUAAGCUGAUUUCUAAGCUUUAUGUUAAUACUUUUUGAAGUAGUACAGUAAAAUGACCUGUCUGUCAUUGAGACUCACUUGGCUUUUACUUCCUUCGGUAUGUCCAGAAUGCCAGGGCACUUCCCAAGGCUGAUCAGAACCUAGUUGAUCAUCAUGAGCUUCCAAAACUGGAAAAGAACCACCCAGGUGGUUAAAUUUGCUUCCCACACAGUGACGGUUGUGUAGCAGAUAAUUGGGAAAGUACUAUUACCCUUCCUCUUGUCCUCCUGUAAGAGCCUACAAGCUGUUACUAUGAGAAUAAAGUUACCUUGGUGGAGACUUCA